CCGGCAGAAGGCCCAUGGAGCCUGGGGCCACAGGCCACAGGGGACAAGGGCCAGACACCCUGGCCAUGGCUCUGGGCCAUUGAUCCAGCCCAGGCUGGCUGGGUGGGGGUGGGGAGACCUUGGCCCGGACAAACAGAGGCUCUGUGGCCUGCGUGCAGGCCCGGCACCCACCUGCCACUCCCAAAGGAUGCCCGUGGCCGAGGCCCCCCAAGUGGCUGGUGGACAGGGCGACGGAGGUGACGGUGAGGAAGCAGAGCCGGAGGGGAUGUUCAAGGCCACCGAAAUUUCCAAGAGAAAAGUUCGGGACUACCUCCGCCUGGUGCCCCUGUGGCUGGCCCUGGUCGUGCUAGCUUCGGUGGGGGUCCUGCUCUGGUAUUUCCUAGGGUACAAGGCGGAGGUCACCGUCAGCCAGGUGUACUCAGGCAGCGUGCGCGUGCUCAACCGCCACUUCUCCCAGGACCUCGCCCGCCGGGAGUCCAGUGCCUUCCGCAGCGAAACUGCCAAAGCCCAGAAGAUGCUCAAGGAGCUCAUCACCAGCACCCGCCUGGGUACUUACUACAACUCCAGCUCAGUCUACUCCUUCGGAGAGGGGCCUCUCACCUGCUUCUUCUGGUUCAUCCUCCAAAUCCCCGAGCACCGCCGGCCGAUGCUGAGUCCCGAGGUGGUGCGGGCGCUGCUGGUGGAGGAGCUGCUGUCCACGGCCAACAGCUCGGCCCCCGCCCCCUACAGGGCCGAGUACGAGGUGGACCCCGAGGGCCUGGUGAUCCUGGAAGCCAGCGUGAAAGACAUAGUUGCCCUGAAUGCCACGCUGGGUGAGCACCAGCUGGCCCCCCGGGUCUCCUCCUGGCUAACAGGGGUCAGGGGGCCUGUCCCUCUCCCUCCUCCAGGCUGCUACCGCUACAGCUACGUGGGCCAGGGCCAGGUCCUCCGGCUGAAGGGGCCCGAUCACCUGGCCUCCAGCUGCCUGUGGCACCUACAGGGCCCCAAGGAUCUCAUGCUCAAACUCCGGCUCGAGUGGACGCUGGCCGAGUGCCGGGACCGACUGGCCAUGUACGACGUGGCUGGGCCCCUGGAGAGGAGGCUCAUCACCUCGGUGUACGGCUGCAGUCGCCAGGAGCCCGUGGUGGAGGUCCUGGCAUCCGGGGCCGUCAUGGCUGUGGUCUGGAAGAAGGGUCUGCACAGCUACUACGACCCUUUUGUUCUUUCCGUGCAGCCCGUGGCCUUCCAGGCUUGUGAGGUGAACCUGACCCUGGAGGGCCGUCUGGAACCACAGGGCGUCCUCAGCACGCCUUACUUCCCCAGCUACUACUCGCCCAGCACCCACUGCUCCUGGCACCUCACGGUGCCCUCUCUGGACUAUGGCUUGGCCCUCUGGUUUGACGCCUAUGCUCUGCGGAGGCAGAAGUAUGACCUGCCAUGCACCCAGGGACAGUGGACAAUCCAGAACCGGAGGCUGUGUGGCCUGCGCACCCUGCAGCCCUAUGCCGAGAGGAUCCCCGUGGUGGCCACUGCCGGCAUCACCGUCAACUUCACAUCCCAGAUCCCCCUCACCGGGCCCGGUGUGCAGGUGCACUACGGCUUAUACAACCAGUCGGAUCCCUGCCCUGGAGAGUUCCUCUGCUCUGUGAAUGGACUAUGUGUGCCUGCCUGCGAUGGGGUCAAGGACUGUCCCAACGGCCUGGAUGAGAGAAACUGUGUUUGCAGAGCCACAUUCCAGUGCCAAGAAGACAGCACCUGCAUCUCACUGUCCAGAGUCUGUGACCGGCAGCCUGACUGUCUCAAUGGGAGUGACGAAGAGCACUGCCAGGAAGGGGUGCCUUGUGGGACAUUCACCUUCCAGUGUGAGGACCGCAGCUGCGUGAAGAAGCCCAACCCGCAGUGUGAUGGGCUGCCCGACUGCCGGGACGGCUCGGACGAGCAGCACUGUGACUGUGGCCUCCAGGGCCCUUCUGGCCGCAUAGUGGGCGGGGCCGUAUCUUCAGAGGGCGAGUGGCCCUGGCAGGCCAGCCUCCAGAUUCGAGGCCGACACAUCUGCGGGGGGGCACUCAUCGCUGACCGCUGGGUGAUAACAGCUGCCCACUGCUUCCAGGACGACAGGCCCCACCAGCAAUGGUCUGCAGAAGGUGGAUGUGCAGCUGAUCCCGCAGGACCUGUGCAGCGAGGCCUAUCGCUACCAGGUGACACCCCGCAUGCUGUGUGCCGGCUACCGGAAGGGCAAGAAGGAUGCCUGCCAGGGCGACUCGGGAGGCCCGUUAGUGUGCAAGGAACCCAGUGGCCGCUGGUUCCUGGCAGGGCUGGUCAGCUGGGGCCUGGGCUGUGGCCGGCCCAACUACUUUGGUGUCUACACCCGCAUCACAGGUGUGAUUGGCUGGAUCCAACAGGUGCUGACCUGAGGAGCUCCCCUCCCUGCAGAGCUGGGGCCCACCUGCUGGACUCAGAGAGUCCAGAGCACCCACUAGUCAGGGGAGCAAGUAAUUGUGGGGGCAGCAGGGCCCCGCGGAGGUCAACUCCCCCUGCACCGCAGGGCCUGGAUGGUCAGCCGGCCCGCUUGGAGGGGUUCACAUCUAGCCCUUUUGCCUCCUGAUUCUCUCUCCUCCUUCCCCUUCCUCUGCUGCCCACUGGGAAUGGUUCAGCAGUGAUAACGGGGCUUCCAGGUCCCAACAGGGGUGUCUGAGCUCCCCUCCGCCAAUGCAGAGAGCAGAUCCAGCCUGUGAACUUGAGGGGUGGGGAUGGAAGGCGCCCCCAGGGAGGGGCCCCCAGAGCCCUAGAGACAGCCAAGUGGGCCAGCUGCCACCAUAAGCCAAAGGGUGGGGGAGCCCCAGGUCUAGGGUCCUCACCCCACCACCUGUCCCCUGGGCCUCCACUGCCCACUCUCACCUGGAAGUGAGCUCCACCACCCUGUGGAAUAAAGUCGUUUGAUCUGAGGCCCUGCUGUGGGGUUUGACUGGGGCCCUGGGGCACCAACCCUACAUUUUGACAGCGGACCCUGCUUCCAGCUCAGCCUGUUUGCCAAAUGUCUAGAAGGCCAAGGUGGGGUCAGGGGUCACCUUCAGGCCAGUUGCUCAGGUCCUUGGAGCAACCCCAGGAAGGCAGUGGUUUGGUGACCCCUGGAUAGGAGUGAAGGAUGGGAGAAGUGAUGGGCUCUGUCUGCAAGCUUGGGAGGAAACUGAGGCAGAGGGGCGGAGCCAUCCUCAGGAUCAUACCAGGAGGCUUCAGAGUGAAGCCUGGUGUACAAGCCUCUUGGUUCCCAGUCCAGCACUUCUCAGCACAACACUCCCUUUGCAUUCAGCAACCCCUCAGUCUCCUACUAAGCACCAACCACAGUGCUGGGGUCACAGAGAGGCACAGAACUCAGCCCCUGGUCUCAGGAAGGGUGGGGAUGACAAUCCAGCGUGAAGGGGCUCUGGAGUAGCAUGGAACUCGGGAAGUCAGCGAAGGCUGCCUGGAGGAGGUGAGAUUUGAGUUGAAGCCCAAAGGUGACCAAGGUGGAGAAGGGCAUUCCAGACAGGGGAACUGCAUGUGUAAAGGCCUAUGUCCUAAAAGAACAGGGCAUGUUGGUGAGCUGUUUUGAAUUAAACAGAGAUUGAGAGGCGAGCAAACUGAGAUCAGAUGAGAAAGAAUCUGGAGUUGAGCUAAGGACUUGACGCUGGGUGCUGUGGGGAGCCACAGAAGAAGGCUCUAAAGCAGGGGAGUGCCACGAGUGGAUUCACAUUUUAGAAGGACCACAGGCACACACAAGUGUGGAGGCACCAGCGCAGGAGCGGGAGGCAGGGAGGCUGAGAGGAGGCCACUGCUGAGAUCCAGGGGGGAGGGGAGGGGAUCUAAUGAGCCAGCCAGGCAGUGGGGAUGGACGUGAAGGACCCUCAGUGUUGGGGUUGGGUGAGGCAGGAGUCGCCACCCAGGACCACUCCCCGGGGUCUGUCCCAAAGGCUAGUGGAGUAACUGCCACUGCCUGGCCUGGGGAGGGAAAGACUCUGAGGAGGUGUCAGAAUUUGGGGUGCCUCUGGGAGGGAGGUGUGCAGGAGGUGGGUGGGGCUUGAGGUCUGGAGGAGGUAUUUCAGAGACCCUCUUCAGAAGAGACUGAAGGGGGGGUAGACAGACACGGCAGGGGGGCUGAGGAGUGUGGAACCACCCAGAGCUGGAGGGGAACUGGGGGUGGAACUUUAGCAACCAAGUGGGAGUGGUCAGGGAGGGUCAGUGGUGCCGUCUGGGUGCAGAGGAAGAGGUAAGGAAGUGGGGAGUCAAGUGUGGACACAUUUUCCUCGGAGUCUAGCUUCCCAGCUAGGGAAGGGGAGCCUGGGUGAGGGGAAAUGUCAAAGGCAGGGACCCUGGGUGGGGAGGAUGUCAAAGCCAGGGAGUGGCUCCUGGGGGCACAAGCCUAAGAUCACUUGCCCGCUGGCCCCGCCUAGGGGAGGAGCAGAGCAGACACUUGGGGGGAGCCCUGGGUGGGGACAGGAUGUUAAAGCAUCCCACCCAGAGCCUCUCAGGCUUCUCACAGAGGCUGCAGAUGCAGUGUUGGAGGCCCCUGGCUAAAAUGCAAAUUUGCAGGCCCCUCCCUAGCCUUAGGGGGUCAAACUGGGGGGCCACAAAGGACAAUCUGUUGGCUUAACAAGCCUCCUGGUGACUUUCUACAGAGUUGGACACAGAACGUGAGGUCAGUCCAGCAAACCAAAUGUCCUGAGGGGAGUGGCGAGGGUCCCCCAGGCUUGAGUGGAGAGGUGGGCGGCUCUGGGGAGGGUCUCUGCGUAGGGGACCCCUGCUCUGCAGGGAUGUUCCUAGCAGUGCUAAGAGGCCAGGGCAGGGAAGCAAGGUAGACAUUUGGUAGGACCAGGUCUGUGAAGGGACUGGCCAGGUGGGGUGGGGUGGGAGGUCCUGCUGAAGCCUGGGGUCCAGAGAGCUUGGAAAGAAGGUGGAGCGCGGGCCCAGUGUUUCUAUUUCCUGGGACUUGGGGCAGAAGGGUGGUAGCGAUAGGGAGGGGUAGAGGGGGCCAAGGAAAGGCACAGCAGGAAGCAGAGGGGGCAUGGGGGUGGUCAGGGUGCAGCAGAGGUUGGAGCAAAGGGCCACAGGAAUGGUGGGCUGAGGCUGGGAAGUUGGGGGCGGGUCCUGCCAUCCUGAUUCUGGGAGCCCCCUACCCCCUCAGCAUUCCCUGUUGCUGCCCAGAGGCAGGAAGAGACCUGCAUGGCUUCAGGGGUUGGGCCUAGGAAGUCACCUGGUCCAAGCCUUCACUUUACAGGUGAGUUACUGGAGGCCCAGAGAGGGCGGGGGAAUUGCCAAAACUCUCCCAGCAAGGGGGAGUUGGUGCCCUUGUUUGGCUGCUGGGCAGAGGAUGGAGCUGUGACCUCCCUCCCCCAAUAUGUAGCACAGUGACCACAGGGCAGUGUCCCCAGGCUUUAGG